AAACACAAAGUAAUACGAAGCUUGGAUUCGUGAAAAUAUUUGGAUACGUGAAUAGAUUCAUCGCAAAAAUAUUUCUCCGUCAGAGGAGUGAUAUCUGCAGACGCUACCUAGGACACAGGAUAUCAACAGCCAUGUUGUCUACGUUCGUGGCACUAGUGACUGUCCUGGCGUUUCAGAUACAUCCCACUCAAGCCGGUUGGGAUCUUCCAGCGAGUUGUCCAACAAAUGGUCACCUCAGUCUCCCCAACGGCAAAAGGUACGUGGCGCCAUCCGACGAGCAAGUCGACUACGCCACGGCCCAGGCGAGAUGUGCCGCCGAGGGAGGAACGGUCGCUCUGCCGCUGGACACGAACGAGCAGGCGUAUCUUGUGUUUUUCAAGAACUGUCUAAACCAAAAUGCUCAGUUUUGGCUCGGACUCAGUAGACCAGUCGGAACGUGGGUUGACAGCCAGGGUAGCGCGCUCGGCGGAUUCUCUGCCUGGGCACCCGGGGAGCCCGAUGAGCGUACAAAACUCUGUUCUCGUCUUGUGUUUGGAGCACAGUCCAACAGUGAACGCAGGAACAAGUGGGCGGACGCACCAUGCGGCGAAAGCUUCAGAUACAUCUGUAAAACAAAUGGAUGGUUAACCGGGAACACAUCGUGGAUUGUGGAUGCCUCCGGUAACGAUGCCACGAGAGCGUUAGACGGUGACGCCGGGUCCUUUUGGAACCCCCCGGGCCCCCCGGGGAUCAGCCAGGACUGGUACAUGGUACUGGACCUCGGCCAGCCGUACAAUCUGACCCGUCUCGCAGUCAACUCGUACGGUGACACCACGCACGACGUCGCAGCCUUCAAGUUGCAGAAGGCUCAGGUCUGGAUUCCGUACACCUGGGAGGACGUGGCGACCGUGAGGUACGUGCAGGGAGGGACGAACCAGCGGCAGGAGUUCGGCGGGUUCCAGGGAACAGCGCGGUACUGGAAGUUCACCAUCAUGCGGACCCACUCCAUCUAUCAGCCUUGGUUCGGAGAACUGAACCUGUACGGGUUUUCUUCAGCUGACGCAGUCGGUGUGUGGCCAUUAAACUCACAGUACGGAGCAUCAGACAGAACGGGGAACGGAAAUGACGGGGUAGCAAGAGGAACCCAGUUAGCCCCUGGUCCAAACGGAGACCCAGAUGGCGCUUUCCUGUUUUCGGGGACUGCAAAUUCCUACAUAGACAUUCCCAACAACGGCAAGCUGGACGUGCAAUACUCCUAUACUAUACUGGCCCACAUAUAUCCUACAGGUCAGGCCGGGCCAAUCUUCAACUACGUCGGGACCAACGGUCAAUGGGCGGCACAUCUUUGGCACUUAACUCCACAGCACUUGUAUAUGAGGGCGCUCGGACGAGAUGGACAUCACCCAGAGGGGGUUGGUGCGAAUGUGCUGCAGCAGCACGCUUGGAACUACGUGGGCGGAACCUACGAUAGUUCCACAGGGUUUGCAAUCCUCUGGAACAACGGUCAAGCGGUCGCACAGGUGCAGGUCGGGGUCCCGUCUGUCGCAACUCAGUACCCGGUCCGGGUGGCGGUGAGGGCCGGAGACAGUCGGUACUUCGCGGGCCGUAUAGCCUGUAUCCAGCUGUACAACUACGCCAUGACUCAAGAACAGAUAGAAGCAGCAUGGGAGACGUGUUUCCCGAGAGCAACGCCACCUCCAGAGAAUUUCCGGAUAACGACUAUCACUGGAACAUCAGUCACCGCUGCGUGGACCCCGACCUCCAAUCUCAUCGCUUUCGGCUACCGAGUGUGGAUAAGGGAAGGGGAUUCGGCUGACACACUUUUUACACAUUACCUUCCAAUCAUCCAAACGGAAGUUACAUUCCAGAACCUCAUACCAGCCACAGAGUACAUCAUAUCGGCAACAACUAUCAACAUGUACGUCGAAGGACCGGACGUCAUUGCCACAGUUAUAACUGCCACGGAACCUCCUUCAGAGUUGGAUGUUGAAGACAGGACAAUCGAUACAGUUGCCAUCUCAUGGCAGCCUCCGAAAGGUGUGAUCGUCGAGUACUCCAUCAGCUACACCGGCAAUGGGAGAGGUACGUCCGUGACCAGUCCAGGAGACACACACACCUGCGUGUUGACAGGUCUGAUCCCCGGUACGCGGUACGACAUCGCCUUGGUGGCCGUGAGCAGAGUUGGGAGGAGCGUCGCUGUCACUACAAGUGUCUUAACAGAAACGGACCCACCCUCAGCUGUGGACAUAAGUAACUUGUCUUCUACGUGGAUGGUUCUGGAAUGGACGGCACCCCAGGCCAGGGUCGUGUCGUACAAGAUCACAGUUUCACAGAAAUUCAGCGAAGAAACGUUCAGUGUCGAUGGAUCCAAAACAUCUUACAACGUCACUGAUCUUCUACCUGAAACUGAUUACGUCAUAAAGAUGGCUGCCGUCGGUGAGCACGGUCGGAGUGUGGAAGUCACCUGCUCAAAACAAACAGACAAGACAACAUACAGCACAUCACCAGCCCAAACAACUGCGGGAACUGACGAAAAGCUCCAGCAUAUUCUACAAGGGAUGGACCAAUCACAGCUGGAGUCAGGAAAACCAGAGGACAUCCUGUCUGUGAUGAACAGCAUCAAUGACGUCAUCACCGCCGGUGCCCAAUCGUCAAUGCCAUCAUCAGUUAUGGAAGAUAUAUCAGCACUGGUAGAAACGCUGGCUAGUGCGUCAAGAGGGGCACAGGGUGCGUCAGUAACAAGCAUGGCUGCUAUCGCUGAUGCCCUGACGAAGACAGCUUCAGCAGUCAUCGACAUGCUCCCGGAGCAACAACCACCGAUCAUGACCAGCUCAAACAUCCUGGAAAGUGAACUGAUUGAUUUGGGCUCUGCAGACGUCUCGCCGAAGCAGCAGCUUAAGAUGCUCAAAGACAAGCAGAAGGAAAACGAAGACAUGGAGAGAAACAUGCCCCCCAAGGACGACUCAGACUACAGACUGUGGAUGUCAGCUGCUGGCUGUUCUUCUUGGGAGGAAACUACCGAACAAUGGGGGCUGGAACAAUGCGACGCUAAUCUGGACAUACACAACAACGUGUUCCACUGUCAAUGUCGCACGGUCGGGUCAAGCAUUGCAGUCGGCACCAUGACUCUCCCUGUCCCGAACUCCAUAGACUUCAUCAACGCCUUCAAGAAUUUCAGCAAAGUGGGCGAGAACGCCGUGGUGUUCUCUAUCGUGGUGUCCGAGUUCAUCCUGUACGUCCUUCUCAUGGUUCUUCUGUGUGUGGACUUCAACCGUUUAAGGUGUAAAACACCUCAGGACCAAAGGAACACGCUGCCCAAAGUCAGUCUGAUCCCCCCAGACAGGAUGCCUGCUCCUCACGUCUAUCAGCUCACGGUCACCACCGGGUCCAUGUUCGGGGCUGGGACCACCUCACGGGUCGCCUUCCAACUCUUCGGGUCAGAGGGCACGACUCCUAUCAAGAUGCUCAACCCAAGAGGGGAGGCUUUGGUUCGUGGAAGUACUUUACAUUUUAUCAUGCCUGUGCGAGAGUCACUUGGAGAAGUGCUGUUGUUGCACAUCUGGCAUGAUAACUCUGGGGAAGGCGACACGGCAUCCUGGUUCCUCGAAAAUUUUCUCGUCAGAGAUAUAGAAAAGGAUGUGGUGUCUUACUUCUGCUGCCAUGACUGGUUGGCUGAAGAUAAAGGUGACGGAGAGGUACAGAGGGUGGUUCACGAAACUCCCAAGGAGGAACUGUCAUCCUUCAGUAACGUCUUUACUGAAGCAACCAGCAACCUGUUCUACGAUCAACAGCUGUGGACGUCUGUCAUUGCAACUUCACCAGGUUCCAGCUUUACCCAGGCCCAGCGUCUGUCCUGCUGCUUCACUCUGCUGAACACCAUGAUGCUGGCCAGCGCCAUGUGGUACCAGACAGAUGACACAACUGACGACACACGAGUGUACAACCUGGGGGUCGCUCGCUUCACAGCAGAGAUCGUCGUGCUCGCUGCCGUGCUGUCUGCCGUCUGUAGUCUACCGUUCCUCGCCAGGCCACCCGGUAUAAGGAAGGAAGAUCUAAAACUCAACCUGUGGAACUCUGCAGCACCAAAGAAGAUUCACCCACCUACCAAACCUAACUGCCAAGCAGCUAAAAAGAAACGGGAACUCGGUAAGAAGUCCACCAAGACAUUCAAGGAGCUUCUUUUGUUGGUCGUCUUUGUUGUUGUCCUCUUCUACAUCGCCCAGACGAACAACGACCAGCGUAUCUUCUAUGAGACAGGAACACUGUCCACCGCCGUUCUACGGGAAUAUGAUACAAUCAGAACUCCAGACCAGUUCUACACGUGGGCUGAGGAAGUCCUGCUGCCGACUCUGUAUCCCUCCGCCUGGUACAACGGCAGGAAAAUGAAGUUCUUAGACCGGCAGUUUGCACAGAACACCGAAUCCUUCCGCGUCGGCCCUCCACGCUUGAAUCAAGAUAGGCGACGUCCAGGUGAUCUGGGAUUUGAAAGCUUUGUGGACCUGACGACUGCUGAAUGGUGGGAUGCGUGUUUCACACACAGCGUGGGGAUUGUUGUGUUCAUCAACACCGUCGCCCUGCUCCGUGUCGUCCGCUUCAGUCAGACCAUCGCCAAACUCCUGGCGCUACCCGGCAUCAUGAAGGAUGAGCUCCUGUCGUUUUUAAUCGUUGCUGCCGUCGCCUUCAUGUCGUUCAUCAGCGCAGCAUAUCUUAUCUUCGGGAGCCACCUGAAGUCUUACUCAGACUUGUACCACACAACCUUCGCUCUCUUCGAGAUGAUGCUUGGAAGGUUCUUCGCCAAUGACAUGCUGGAAGCUAACCCUCUCAUCGGCCCGAUCUUCUUCUCCGCCUUCAUGGUCUGUAUCUUCACCCUCCUGAUGAACUUCCUCAUGUCCAUCGUCUGUGACGCCAUUUCCGCUGACGUCGCCGUCGACCACGACCAGGACCUCGCUGAUCACAUGUGGAGCAGUGUCUGCGCCAAGUUCGGUCUGCACAGCCCUCCACGUCUAGAGGAGGAACCAGAUGAGUUGAAGAUGGAAAAGCUGCAGGAAAACCUGCGCAUCAUUCGGGAACAGCUGGAUGAAAGUCUGGACAUCUGCGAGUCCAUCCUGCCUUCACGCCGUCGCUCUAACCUGGACGGGCCCAGUCUCCGGGCUAACCGUACCGCUACUCACCACGUCAUCAAUACACGGUGUGAAGUCAAGAUCGUCAUCCAACAUGCCGAGGACGACUAAUUUGGAAUCUACCUUUGCGUGCCUAGUCCAGUGGUUAGCGAUCCUGCCUCUGGACUAAGAGGUUGGGAGUUCGAAUCCCGGCUGAUGUCGCUCACCCGACAUGAACGCUACUGUUUAGGGACAAAUAUUGUACAAAGUAUUGUACAGAAUAUCAAAGCUAUACAGUUACUGGUUUGUCUAUAUCAUAUAACGCGCUUCUAGCAGCUCCUCUACUGACUAGGCCUCUAGACUUUUGAUGACCACCUUCUCUAAGACAGGAGAAUCGGGGACAUCUUAGUCCUGUUUAUCUUUGCAUAUGUUCUAACAUGGAUAAAUGCAGACAGAGAACUGCAUUCUUAUCAUUGUAGUUUUAGAGACU